AUGCCUCCCCCUAACCUCGCCCCACUCCCCGACCACCCGUACCUCACAGCCUCCGCGCUCGGCGUCGGCACCUACGGCUGCGCGGGCAAGUCCCUCGCGCUCACCGAGCUGCGCCUCGCGCGGGCGCGGGAGGAGUUCCUGGAGAGGCCGGGGAUCAGGGACUGUUUUACGGUGGAGAUGCUGCCGGUGAGGGUUGUGCUGGAGAGGCGGGGGGGAGGGGGGGAGGGUGGUACGUGUUUGAUGAAGGAGCGCGCGCGGGCGUGA